GGGGAUUUGAACUCAUCAGCAUCAAUCCACAUUCUCCAUCAUAUUCAGCAACCAAAAUGCGCGGCUUUAGUUUGUUCUUCAUCCUCGCUCUUGCGAUGGUCUUCAUCGGUGAAAUAAGCGCUCAACGUUGUCGUCGCAAUGAGGUCUGGAGGGAUUGUGGAAGUCGUUGUCCACCCACUUGUAGAAGACCUAGACCUGUCUGCGCUGCGGUUUGCCGAGCUGGUUGCUUCUGCCGACCUGGAUUGAUAAGGAACAACCGAGGGGUUUGUGUCAGGAGAUGUUAAAAUUCUUCUCAACAAGUCCAUGAAGUCCUCUUUAAAAUUCCCUUGUUAUUCAUUUAAUUUUUGAAAUAAACAUAUUACUGCAGAAACGAGAAA